GACAAGGUCUGUCAGGAUCGAGCAUGAUGUGAAGAUUUGAGCCAUGGGGGCCGGCCCUUCUGUCCGCGAUGAAAAGCUGAGAGCCGACAUCGCAGUGAAAUUGCACGCAGCCAAGCGCACGCGCAGAGAUGUGCGCUCCAACAGGGUCGUCUUGCAGGAGGUGUUCGCGGCCGUGGGCCAAGACUCUGCGGGCACCGUGAGCUUCCAGCAGUUCAAGCGAGCUUCGGAGCGCCUGGGCAUGCGCGUGGCCGAGAAGCAGCUGAAGGCCGUCUUCGCACCCUUCGAGGUCUUUCACGGCAGCGGUCGCUUCGCCUGCGCGGAGUUCAUGGACUUUGUGUGCGAGGAAAGGGAACAAGCGGCCGCGAAGGCCCCAGACACCUCCAAGCGCCGUUUGUCAGCCCCAGGAAAAGCUAGUGCGCCGAAGAAGGAUGUUCUUCAAGACUCUUCUGAGAUGGGAGUCCGUCGCUCUGCCGCGCGGAUCGCUGAUGCGAUCUUCGACAAAGAGGUUGACCUGCGAGAAGCCUUCAAGCAAUGGGACAAGAAGAAGCUCGGCGGCCUCGACGCAGCGGAGUUCCAGGGGGCCCUUGCCAGCCUGGGCUUCGACGCGACACCUGACGUGGCGGAAGCCGUCUUCAAGGCCUUCGACUUGAAGGGCGAUGGUCGCGUUUCCUUCUGGGAGUUGACGAGGGGCUUGCACAGCCUUCAGGCCGCUUCAGAAGCGACGGCGUCAGAAGAAGAACGCGCACUGCUCAGCCGAGCCCGAAGAGACAGGAAGAAGGCAUCCGCGCUGCGCAAACAGGCAGAUCAGUUGACGGUGGUGGGCGCUGGCCUGGGGGGAGGGCAUCUCCCAGAGGCCACGGCGCUGUCUGGGGCGCUGGCCGGCAACAAUUCCGCCUCACUCCGAAAGGCGCUCCAUGCCGCAGAGGACGCUGGCUUGGACUCCAGCGACUUGAAGGCCGCCCGUCUGAAGCUUCAAGAGCUCGAAGAAAGGGAAGCUGCGGCAGAUGCGCUGGAAGACGCUCUCGAAGACCAGCCCCGCAGCGCUGCUCGUUUGCGCAGGGCGCUUGAGGAUGCAGAAGCUGCGGGAUUGAGCGAGGAGCAAUUGGCAGAAGCUAGGAAAGCCUUGGCACGUGAGGAGUGGAGAGAUCAAGUUCGACAACGAUUGCAGGAGGCAAUGCAAAGCCGCGACACCGGGGCUUUGCGUGAAGCGAUUGCAGAUGGAGAGGCUGCAAGUCUACCAGAAGCAGAGCUGAUUCCAGCACGAGAGAUCCUCGCGGAGGAGGCAAGAAAAGUGCGAGCGCGUGCGGCCAUAGAGAAGGAUUUGCAUGCGCGAGACCCGGCCGGCUUGGAAGAGGCCCUCCGACAGGGAGAGCGUGCUGGCUUGGAUGAGGCUGAACUCAGAGCCGCCCGAACUCAACUUUCUGAGUGGACACACCGCAAUGCAGCAGAGCAGCAACUGAAAGAAGCAAUCGCUGCGAGGAACUUGCCCAAGCUCCAGCAAGCCAUCGAAGCCGGAGAGGCGAACGGUGCAAGCCAUUCGCUCCUUCAGGAAGCUCGGCGCGUGCGAGCUGAUGAGGAAAGCAAGCAAGCCGCGCGCAAGCGCCUGGAGGAGGCGAUGCGUGAAGACGACUUGGACGACUUGGCGAGUGCCAUCGAUGGGGCGCGGUCCGCCGGGCUCGAUGUCCAGCGCGCGGAGGAGACGCUGGCGCAGCGGCGCCGCGCUGCAGAGGCGGCUGCCCAGGCCGCGUCCAACGCGCUGCGGUUAGACGCGGAGCGCCGCGCGGCGGCAGCCCGCGAAGCCUUGGCGCGCGCGGUCGCAGCUGGGGACGCUGCGGCCCUGAGGGCAGCACUGGUGGAAGCUGAGUCGGCCGGGCUCUCGGCAGAGGAACUCGCUGCCGCCCGCCGGGCUUUGCGCCAGCUGGAGGACCAGGCCCUGGCCAGGCAAAGGCUCGAGACACAAGAUCCUGAGGCACUGAAGGAGGCGAUUGACUUUGCACAGUCUGUGGGGCUACCUGAGGAGGAGUUGACUGCAGCACGUGCAAGCUUGGAGAAGGAGUUGCAGAAGGAACGGGCACGGUCCCAGCUGCGUCAGGCUGAAGCUUCCAAAGACAUCAAAGCGCUGCAUGCUGCAAUUGCUGAAGCGCAGGCCGCCGGCCUCGGAGAAUCAGAAGUAACACGAGCCCAGAGGCUGCUCAACACAGCCGAGCGGCAGGCAGCAGCAAGGAGACGCCUUGCAGAAGCAGUGGCAUCCGGAGAUGGAACGCUGCUCCGUUCCGCCUUGGAUGAGGGAGAAGCCGCAGGCCUGAGCGAGGAGGAGCUGCAGGCAGCCAGGCAAGCAUUGAACAAGGAGGAUUUGAAGGAUGUUGCACGACGACGUUUGCAAGAUGCCACUGCCAGUCGGGACAAAGAGGCCCUUCAAGUGGCUCUGGAUGGAGCGUCACAAGUAGGGCUGUCGCCAGAGGAGCCGGCUGUGCAAGCUGCCAGGGCAGCAUUGGAAGCGGAGCUGCGGAAGGAAGGGGCUCUUCAGAAGCUCCGCUCUGCCUGCGCUGCCCAGGAUGCGGAGGCUCUGCGCGCCGCCUUGGCGGCCGGUCAGUUGCCGGCGGGCGAGGUGGAGGCGGCUGAGGCUGCACUGCGGCGACUUGAGGCGCAGGCGGCGGCCCGGGCGCAGCUGGAGGCGGCGCUGCACGCGCUGAAGGAUUCUGGCGAUGUGGAGGGCCUGCGGCGGGCGUUGGCGGCAGCGGAGGGCGUGCUGGACGACCGGGACCUCGAGGAUGCGCGCCAGGCCUUGGCAGAGGAGGAGCGCCGGGCGGCGGCGCGCCGGGCGCUGCAGAAGGCGCUGGUCAGCCGCACCCCGGAGGCGCUGCAGCAAGCCAUCCGCGAGGGUGAGGCCGCUGGCCUGGGCGCCAAGGAGCUGCAGCCGGCGCGUGCCGCUUUGGCAGCUGAUGAUGCCAAGAGCAAAGCGCGCAAGCGCCUGCAGCAAGCCCAAAGCUCUCGCGACAUGGGCCAGCUGCGGGCUGCAAUCUCUGCUGCAGAGCGUGCCGGCUUGGGGGCAGAUGAGGUGCGCCCAGCCAAGGACUUGCUGGCGGAGCUUGAGAAUCAGGAAGCAGCCAGGAAGAGACUCAGGGAGGCGGUGGCAUCGCGCGAUCCUAGCAGCCUAAGGAGUGCCAUCGCGAAAGGGGAAGCAGUUGGCCUCAAAGAGGAAGAGUUGGCACAGGCAAGACACGUACUGGCGGAAGAGGAGGCCAUACUACAAGCCAGGAAGAGGUUAGUGGAAGCGAUGGCUGGCGAUAGCAUUUCGGAGCUGGAGGCGGCGCUGGCCGCGGGCCUUCGCCCGGACGAGCUGGCGCCCGCCGAGCGGCGCCUGGAGGACCUCCGGCGGCGGCGGGCGGCGCGCGCAGCGCUUGAGGCCGCCAGGCAAGGAGACAUCCAAGAACUGAGGAAGGCGAUCAACCAAGCAGAAGCCUUAGGCAUGGAAGACAGCUUGGUGGACAGCUGCCGGGAUUUGUUGCGGCAGAAGGAGAGGCAGCAGAAAGCCAAGGAAGCCCUGAGCAGUGCGGUGGCAUCCGGCGACCUUGAGGAGCUGCGAGGGGCAAUUCGGCAGGGCCAGGCCGCAAGUUUGGGCGAGGAACUGGCAGAGGCCACGGCGAAGUUAACCGCCUUGGAGGCGGCCGAGAGUCAAAGGCUCAAGGAGGAGAAGGAGAGAGUUGAGGAGCAGGAGCGGCUGGCCAUGAUGGAGCGUGCGAGGCUGGACAGCGCCAGAGAGAUGAUACAUACUGCGCUUCGCUCUAGAGAUGCCGAUGCCCUUCGAGCCGCGCUGGAGGCUGCAAGCAAGGCAGGGCUAGAGGAUGAGGACACGGCAGAAGCUGUCAGGACUCUCAAGGAAGAGGAGGCUAAGGUCUUGGCGCAGAACAACUUGGCAGCAGCCAUGUCAUCGGACGACCCGGCCCGGCUGCGAGAAGCGUUGGAGCGUGCCACCCAAGCGGGAGUGGGCGACCUGGACGAAGCAAAACACCGCUUGCAGCAAGCAGAGAAUCGCGCUUCAGCCCGUGCGAGCCUACAAAAAGCUCUAGAAGGCAACGGGGACAUUGAUGGAAGCCUGCGCGAAGCAGAGGCUGCUGGCCUGGACAGCGCCGAGGACAAGCUUCUGGUGGACGCUGUCAGGAAGAAGGCGGCACAGGAGGCGGCGAAGGCCGACUUAGCGGCUGCCCUUGCGACAGGAGAUGCAGACAAGAUCCGGCAAGCACUGCGCCAGGCCAACGACGCAGGCAUCGCACCCGGAGCACUGCAGGAGGCCAUCAGCCAGCUUCAGGCGCUGGACGCCAAGGCGGAGGCGGAGGAGCGCCUGCGCCGGGCCGUGAGCGCCUGCGAGGCCGGCGAGGCCCCGCUGGAGGCGCUGCGUGCGGCCAUCGAGGCCGCGGAGGCCGCCGGGUCCACCGCGGCCGCGGAGGCGGAGGCGCGGCUGGCGCGGCUGGAGCGCCAGGCCACGGCUCGCCGGCGCCUGGCCGCCGCGGGCUCCACCUCCGAGGGCUCCGAGGGCUCCGUGGCGCUGCGCGCAGCCCUGGAGGAGGCCAGGGAUGCUCAGCUGCCGGACGCAGAGCUUCAGGAGGCUGCAAGCAAGCUAGCUCAGCUGGAGGAGAAGGCCCAGCUGGCAAGGGCCUUGCAAGCCAAAGCUGAGCCCAAAGCCCCGGAGCCGAGCAACACAGGGGGCAGCGGGGACUUAACCACCGCUAUUCGUGACCCUACAGCUAUCCGCGAUCCCUCAGCCACGAUUCCUGCCACCAGCACGUGCAAGCCGACUUCACAGACGAGAAUCUUUGAGAAGGCCGAGUACAUGUUCAAAGAAACAAAGGUGGAAGACUCUGCCAGCGACGAGGAGGUGACGACAACAUUGAAAGGGCGCUUGCGAAAGCUCUGCGUGUCUCCGGCAGAGGCGUUGUCAGAGGUAAUGCAGGUCCCAGCAGUGGCGAAUGCUCGGGAUGGGAGCAACUUGCCAACUGUAGAUGCCAGUGUGCUGCAAGCGUUUGCCGAGCAGCUCCGGUUGUCCAUCUCGACUCCUCGAACCAUCAAGUUCCUGUCUGGCCUGGACCCUGACGGAGAUGGAACAGUCUCCGUGCCACACUUCCUCAGCGCUUUCAGCGCCCCAAAAGCCAGUGCAGGCGCAGCUGGCUCUGCCGGUGCAGCCGGUGCAGCCGGUGCAACCACCCAGAGCACUUUCGGUGACACGAUUGACACCAGACCUAGCGGGCCCCAUGCUGCUGCUGCAGCUCGGGAGGAGAGGAAGAGGGAGCUGAUGCAGCAAAGCAAGCCAAAGGAGAACCUCCGGCAACUGGUGUUGCAGCAGCGGGUCAGCCAGCUUAGCCGAAGAGAGGCCCAGCUGGUGACCAAUUUGCGGGAGGCCCUGUUCGAGCGCCGCUCAAACAUGCAGAAGAUGUUCAAGAGCGUGGACCUCAAUGACGACGGCCUCGUGACGCUGGAGGAGUUUCUCCAUGCCUUGGAGGGUGCCGGAGUGGCGGUGGGCCAUGAAAUCGACCGUGCACGGGCCCAGGUCACAGAGGAGGAGGCUGCCCGCAUGCUGGCCUACUUUGACCGCAACAGCGCCGGCGUGCUGCAGUACAACGAGUUCAUGCGCCUGCUGCAGGGCACCAUCGAUUUGGCUCCCGAGGCUGCCCCUGAUCCAGAGCUUGCCAGAAGGAUUCCGGACAUUGGGGAGCAAGGCCGUGCCAGACAAGCCCUCAGUGGCUCUGGGCUCAUCCGAGCGGCCGCUGGCGUGCGCGGUGAUGGCUCCGAUGAUGAGCGAACCGUGAGGAGUGCCUUUGCCAAGUGGGACGUCAACAACGACGGCAAGAUCUCUGAGAGGGAGCUCCUCUCAGUAUUGCGAAGAAUAGAUCCCAAAAUCCGGGACCAGGACGUCCGCCGCCUCUUCGAAAAUGCAGACUGCAAUGGAGAUGGCGUUAUUGAUUACCAAGAGUUUGUCAGCUGGCUGUUUCAGUGAGCUGCAUGUUUUGCAAUGCAGAUGCGCGGAAUUUUCGAUGGUUGACCUCAGUACGUGCCUCCGCAACUGGAGGUUCACACUUGCAUGCGACACUCUUAGUUGAGCCCGACAAACGCCGGGCUCAUUGGGCUUAAACGCCUCCAGUUUGCUCGGAUCCUGCGGGGUGCCAUAGGCAUACCCUUUGUCAGAGAGCGUCAGGCUCUUGU